AUGUCCUCCUCAACCCCCGUUGAAGCCCCAGACCCCAAAAUUGAUCCCAUCACCCUCCCCCUGCUCAUCGCACUAUGCAUCUUCACGCCCUCGCUGCUGGCCAUCACGGGCUACUUCAUCUAUCUGCACACGGUGAAGAAGUGCGAGGACAAGAAGCAGCGGGCGAAGCAGGACGACAAGGCUGCUACCGGGAUCGUGAGGGAGAUGCAGCCGCGAGGUGGAGUGGCAGCAGAUGAUUGA